UACACUAUCUUAUUCUACUAAUUAAUAUGAACAACUUUUGUCUGAAAUAUUUUUUAUUUGCCUAUGACUACCGUACAUCAUAUAUCCGCAAGGAUUAAAUUUUUAUACUCUUUUCCGUACUUAAUGUUGUGAUUAAUGUGUGCCUAUAAGACACAUUGCUGAAUAAAUUAUUAAUAUGGCUGAUUAUAUAUUAACAAGGUACAGAUGACGUUAUUUCAUUACUAAAAUGUCUACUAGUGGUAAAGUUAAAAAUUAUUUAGAUUAGCUGCAACAUUUGCAUUAUAUUUUAAGUUUAUCAUACAAUGAUAUCUUUUGGUCUCAUUUAUGUUAUGCGCGUUGCACUAAUAAUAAAUUUUGCUUUCAUAAAGAUUGUUCGAAGUCAUAGUUAUUCAAAAAAGAUUAUUGCUUGUGUACAUUAUUUUUUCUUUGAGUAAAUAAAAUGUUAUUAUUUUUCAUUGAUAAAAUCCUUUUAGCAAUUAUAGGCAAAAAGAACAAACACGAGUUUGUGGAUGAUAUAAAUAACAAUAAUGACAACUAUAAUUUUAAUGUGUAUGAUAGCUGUAUAAUAAUCAUAAUAAUAAUUUUGUAACAAAAUGCAUAAUAUUGCAAUGAUAUUAUCCUUUAUUUAAGAAAAACAGAAUGAAAAAUAGUCCAAAUUUUUUCAGAAAAGAUCAGACCUACUUACAAUCCAUUGCACGAUAAGACCGCAAAAGAUUAAGUAAUAGGUCAACUAAUAAUAUCAUUAUACAUAUUUGUCUAUUACUGAGGUACAAGAGAAUCGGAAAUUCCAUCUGUACAUAGUACAAAUAUCAAAAAUCAUAUAAUAUUAGAUUAUCAUAUCAGAACCGUAUUUGAAUAAUUGCUACGCAAAAGUAACACUACGGCCCAUGUCAAAUCUUUAAGGAAUUAAUCCAAGAACUUUUGUAUCAUACAAUACAAAAUAAUUCUUUAAUUUCUUAAUAACUAUUACAUUUUUAUCAUAUUUCUUAAAUUAAAAUUGAAAUACUCUUGUUUAAGUUCCAUUGAUUUUAAUCACUCAACAUAAUUGUGAACGAAAUUAGGAUGUGUAUAUCUCACUGCGUAAGAGAGUUAAAUUAUUUUCAAUUAAAAUUCUAAUAUAAAGUACAUUGUACGUUAAGUAUGGUGGAAAUGGUAAAUAUACCAAAAAUCCAGUAACGCUUGAGAAAAGCCAAGAAUGUAAGAAAAAUGCAAAAUUUGUUAAAAAAAGGAUAAUCAAAUAUAAGAGACAUUAUUAUGAAAUAUAUAAUUGAUUAUAGGUUUUCGUCAGCGAACAAGAUGUCUGGCCACCGUCAGCCUAAUUCCUUAAAAGGUCUUAGUUUGGGACGCGUGUGCCAUCAACUCGGCGGGAUGUGCCAACACUUGCAUGUGCUCUCACAACAAUCUUCCACGGCGCAAGUACUGGCCUUUGCAAAAUGGACGAUCAGACCGUACUAUAUAAAUGGACUGCCGAUUCAUUUGCGCUCCCAGGUUAUCGAGGAAACUUUGAGGAUACUGAACAACUCAUCGGUUGUCGGUUUGACACUCAUUUCCGCACCUGCAGCGAUAUAUGUAUUAGCGCUUCUUUUGAAUAAUGAUAUAAAACAGUUGAAAAUUAAACUCUGUUGCUAUUAUGGAUGUAGCCACCAAACGUCUCUCUUAAAGUUACUCGCUUCAGAAGGAAUUGGACUUGAAUCGUUGGAUCUGACCCGUUCCACCUUAUUAAACUUAGAUUGCGAAUUAUUUCGUUCGGCACUAUUAAAUAUGAAGAAUUUAUCGAAUCUAACACUUCGAAAUAUAGCCAGUGAUGCCGUGCUCGGAGUCAUAGGUAGUAGCUGUCCGAGACUCGUAAUUCUAGACAUAGCUUGCUCUAAACAAGUAACAAACGCCGGAUUGAAGCAGUUACUUUUUCAAACGGAAUUACGAAACAAAGUACACUCCAUUUCAUCUAAAAAACAAACUAGUUGGUCGCGACUCAAGAGAUUUUUUUCUAUGUGGGAAAUAAAACGCUCUAGAUCGAAAAAAAAGUUUUGCUUGAAAAAGGUAUUUCCAUUUAUUAUGGAAUAUAAAAGAAAUCUAUUAUGUGACACACUAAGAGUACUGAAUGUCGCUGAUACCGCUGUUACUAGUUUGGGCGUGUUAUUCGCUCUAAUACAAAUCCCGCAACUCGAAUCUUUGGCGGGAUAUAGCUACAUGGAACAUGUGGCAGAAAUAACGCAUCAACUCAUUGAUUUGAAAGUUCCGUUCAAUUUAACUGAGGCAAGGAGUUAUAAAACGACGCCCUUACAUAUGAAACUUUUAGCACAAAUAUGUCCAAAAGUUAAAAAAAUACAUAUUUAUGAACCGUACCAUUCCGUACAUUUUCCUGACGCACUAUGCCAUUUCCCUUACAUUACCUCAUUAAAUAUACAUAAUGUACUGCCGGAGAAAGAAUGGUUACACAGUUUUUAUAAUUACUUUCGAACAAAUGGCCAAAGCUUGAGUGAACUUAAUAUUCAAAUGAUGGAAAGUCAGGAUCCUCUGCAGGUGGAUUUAAAGGAAAUUUUGAGCAAUUGUCCUAAUCUGCAAAUACUCAUUCAGAAUGGAUCAAAUAUAGUUUGGACAAAAGGACAUGAUCCUCCACCUUUUAAAUAUCUAAAGAAAAUUAAACUCGGACAUACAGUCAAGGCAUUGGUGAUUACAAAAAUACUUUUGUUGGCUCCUGCGUUAAUGACAUUGCAUAUCCACAGUUGUCUCGAUUUGACGAACGAGCAUCUAGAACAGUUACUAAAACCAUCUACCAAAUAUAGAAGUCAUCAAGGACUAGAUAAAUGCAACAACAAUUUACAAAAUUUAAGAUGCUUUUAUAUUUCUGAGGCAAGUAAAGUAUCAGGAACCAUUGUGCUAAAUAUGCUCCACAGAUACAAACAGUUAAAGUGGUUUGGUAACUUGGCAAAUUGGAACUUGAACAGUGAGGAUGUCGAAAUGUUACAAACAACUAUAAAUCAUGAAAACAUGAAUGUAGAUUUAUGCUGCGAUUCGCAUUGGUACUGGAGCAAUUGCGUUUAAUAGUAUAUGUACUUCGUGAAAUAAUACUUUGUCCUACAAACCCAUAGAACUUAUAGACAUGGAAGGGGAAUAGCAUAUACUUUUCGAAAGCUGAAACUGUAUCGUCCAACAUCUGUGUGACAAUACAAAUACAAUCUCGCUUUAGUCACUCUUGCGCAGUUCGAGGAAAAGUUAUAGAACGAGACAGAAUGAUAGUUUCUUCGGUUUCUUCUGGCUCACUUCUUGAACACACUCUGUGUCGGUCCUUUUCCCCUUCCAUGUCUAUAAGUUCUAUGUACAAACCAUGAUAUUAUCAACCAAUCUGAUAAGACUCUGAUAAAUUAAAACUGUAUCAAUAUUAAAGAUUUACAUGAGAUUUUACAUUUUUUAUACAAUGUUAAGCAGAAUUGAAUGCAUGCUCUUUUUAAUAUUUAUCAGAGCCGUAAUAUAAUUUAUAAUAUGUUUAAUAAAAAUUAAAAAACGCUCCUCUUUUUCGUUUGAUUAUUGUUCCCAUAACAGUUAUAACAGUUAUAACAUUAUAACAGUUAAUUUAAAUAUCUAUAAUUCCAUAUAGAGAAAUGUGUAAAAAAACGUAGACUCGAAAUUUAAUUGCUUGGUCUUAUGUUUAUAAAUCGCGAUAGUAUAUGAUCUUAUAUAUC